AAGUGUCUUAGCUGAGGCUAGGGCGAGGCAGGAGAGGGUGGAGGGACGUCUGCAGGAACCGGCAUCCUCCAGAAUCCGGAGGCAGCUUCUCCCGCUUGCAGGGAAGGGCUCUGGACACCUUCAGCCCUUCUCGCCACCCCCUGUGGCUCAAGCCAGAAGCUCAGGGCGUUCGCUGGGUGGGUGCCACAGCCGCGGAGCUGGUACCCACGGGACCCCCUGCCCUGUCCCCUCUCCGCCGCCCAGCAUGGAGGAGGCUGGCGAUUUUGACAACUACUAUGGGGCAGACAACCAGUCUGAGUGCGAGUACGCAGACUGGAAGUCCUCGGGGGCCCUCAUCCCCGCCAUCUACAUGCUGGUCUUCCUCCUGGGCACCACGGGCAACGGCCUGGUGCUCUGGACCGUGUUCCGCAGCAGCCGCGAGAAGAGACGCUCGGCUGACAUCUUCAUCGCCAGCCUGGCAGUGGCCGAUCUGACUUUCGUGGUGACCCUGCCCCUGUGGGCCACCUACACAUACCGGGACUACCACUGGUCCUUUGGCACCUUUGCUUGCAAGCUCAGCAGCUAUCUGAUCUUUGUCAACAUGUACGCCAGUGUCUUCUGUCUCACCGGGCUCAGCUUCGACCGCUACCUGGCUAUCGUGAGGCCAGUGGCCAAUGCUCGGCUCAGGCUGCGGGUCAGCGGUGCCGUGGCCACGGCGGUCCUGUGGGUGCUGGCCGCCCUGCUGGCCAUGCCGGUCAUGGUGUUCCGCUCCACCGGGGACCUGGAGAACACCACCAAGGUACAGUGCUACAUGGACUACUCCAUGGUGGCCACUGCCAGCUCCGAGUGGGCCUGGGAGGUGGGCCUGGGGGUCUCGUCCACCGCCGUGGGCUUCGUGGUGCCCUUCACCGUCAUGCUGACCUGCUACUUCUUCAUCGCGCAAACCAUCGCCGGCCACUUCCGCAAGGAGCGCAUUGAGGGCCUGCGCAAGCGGCGGCGGCUGCUCAGCAUCAUCGUGGUGCUGGUGGUGACCUUCGCCCUCUGCUGGAUGCCCUACCACCUGGUGAAGACACUCUACAUGCUGGGCAGCUUGCUGCACUGGCCUUGUGACUUUGACCUCUUCCUCAUGAAUGUCUUCCCCUACUGCACCUGCAUCAGCUACGUCAACAGCUGCCUCAACCCCUUCCUCUACGCCUUCUUCGACCCUCGAUUCCGCCAGGCCUGCACCUCCGUGCUCUGCUGGGGCCAGAGCAGGUGUGCAGCCGCCUCCCACAGCAGCAGCGGGGAGAAGUCAGCCAGCUACUCCUCCGGGCACAGCCAGGGGCCUGGCCCCAACUCGGGGAAGGGUGGGGAGCAGAUGCAUGAGAAGUCCAUCCCCUACAGCCAAGAGACUCUUGUGGUGGACUAGGACUGGGGUCAGAGGGGAGCCCGGUGCCCUCCGCCCUGCCCCACGCUAUGCCCUUGCUCUCUGAAAGUCAGGUAGCAUGAUAGCACCUUUUCCCUUGCACUUGACCUCUUCCCUGCUCCCUGCUCCCUGCCUCCCUGCCCUCUUUGGUUGUCCUUCCUCCUUGAGUCUUGUUCAGAUGUUUGUAGUUUAGUGGAAGGAGACUGAGCCCUGCAGCCUCCUGCUCAGCCACUCGGUAUCUGUGAGAUGGACCUUGCACACGUCUCUCUGAGCCUCGGUUUCUUCAUUUGUAUAAAACGGAGGAAGUCCCCCUGGCUCAGUUGACAUGUGUUGCCCCCACCCCUUUUCCUGGAUCUCCGGCUUUUUCUCCAUACUUUCUUCCUAAUUUUCUGUCCCCUGUCCUUGCUUCCCCUCUCUCUGCACUUUCUGUUCUGAAUCCUCACCUGCUGGCUCCAGCCGCCUCUCUCACAGCACCUCCGCCCCCGCCCCCAUUCCUCCUUCUUCCCCUUUUUACCUCCUGGUUGUGCAGGGCUCCCAAGGGUUAAGAAUCCUGAAGCUUGCACACAGGACCCCUGCUCCAGCUCUGUCUGGUUCACUGAGAGUGUAGGAGGGGGAGAGUGCAGGAGGGACGGGGGGCUGGAGGACUGGUGUCAGCCGAGAGUUAACUCCAGGCUCUGCCACUGGGAGCUCCAGAACUUUCUCCCAAACUGGAUCAGUUCACUGUAAUUUCAGGCUCUAAGGAUCCCAGAGGGGUGCCUCCCUUCCUGCACCCUCCUCCUCGAUGCCAACCAGAUAUGCUUUUUACAGAUUUCCUCAGACCCUCUCAUUCAGCCUCUCCAUGGCAAUCAGAAGGCUACCAUACAUGAUGAAGGGAAAGCUUGUUUUGGUAUACGAGUGGCGGAGGGGUUGGGAAGGGAAUGCUGAGGAAGAAGGGAGUCUGUAUUUAGUCUAUAUGCUGCGUGGCUUCCCUCUCCGAUUCCUCACCCCUCCAGCCUCCUCCAGAACUGUGAGCUGCAGGUCUGUCCCCACCACACCCUGUCAUCCCCCGGCAGGAGGCUUUUCUUGAGCUUUGGUGCUGCUUGGUGCCAAGAGGUGUGUGUGUGUGUGUGUGUGUGUGUGGAUGUGUGUGUGUGUGGGGAUGAUGUCACUUGUCACUUGGGUGAACUACCCCCCUACUCUCUACCACGUCUCCACUCUUCACACAAUAUCCUUGGGAGAAGAGGGACAUAUUGAGGCAAUAUAGAAUAAAAAUGAGUCCACCCCCCACUGGAUUUGGGGGCUCUGACGGCUGGUCCGUGCUUUAAGAGAAAAGUCUCUAUUACUGCUGGGGCCCCUCGGGGGAGAUCUGUCCCCAGGACAGUGGUGCCCAAGGUCUGGGGAAACCCAGUGUGCUGGGUCCCAUCCUUCCUGGUUCCACGAGGGAAGCAGGAGGUGGUCAAGAGCUUCCCGUGGCCCCUUUUCCACACCUCCCCACCCUGCUUUGCGUUUACUCUUUCCCCAGGGUCUAUGGCCCUCUCCCUAAGAAGGCUGCCUUCUUGCCAGGGGUGAAAAGAACUGGGUGGGUGUUUUUCUCACCUCACCAUCUGGAUGGGACCCCCUGACCUCUCCUGCUGGGCUGGGGGAGCUGGGAACAGUGACCAGAGCAGCCAUGGCAGGGCUGAGGCUAUGACUUCAUGCCACCAGAGAGGCCUCAUGGACAAAAUUGAUGGUGGGGCCUUUGUGAGCCAGGGGCAGGGGUGUGUGUUUUCCAGGUUUUGUUCUUAGAGGACUCUGAAUGGGAUGUGAAGGACAAGAUUUGUGCCGUGGAGGCAAGAAGAGCCCAGCUUGGUGUAAAUGGAGAGCUUGACCAUCCCUGGGACAGUGCCAGCCUGGAGCAGCGGGAGCAGGAGGGAGGAAGAGACCCCUCUCAGCUUAGUCUCCCCCUCAGAGGCCAGACUCCUCCCUCCUCAGUCCAGUGUUGUCAAGCAUGCUGUCAAGGCUGGAGGAAGCUUCUAGAGGGGAAGCUUCUGAGGGCCUCCUUGGUGACCUCAGAGACUUUUCGGCUGGAACUCAUCGGUGGCCCUGGACAGAGGGUGGAGGCUGCCCUAUCCCCUACCAGCCUCUUCUUCGGAACGCCUCUGCUACUUUCUGACCCUGUUAGUCACUGAGGUUCAUUAAAUAAAUCUGUUUUGUGUAA